CACACACACACACACACACACACACGCUGAGUGAGCUCUUUGUAUUUUAUAUGGGAAAUCAUAAAUGGCUCUCGGGCUAAAUGAAACCUGAACCAAUCAAACAACUUUCCCAGGGGCUCAAAAGAAACAAGAUUCACAGAACCGGCUGCCAGUCCUGCAGAAAAUAGAGCUGAUGGAGACACCCAUGUGGGUGUCGGUUGACCUUGACAAGGGAAACACUAGCCAGUAUUUUUAUCUACCUUUCUUUUCUCAGGACAUUGGUGCUGUCACAUGCACUAGCAACAGGCCCCUGUUUCUUCUGAUGCAGUGCUCUAGCAGCUCAAAUUCUAGAAUCUCAAGGAUUUCCUAUUACAUUUCAUUUCUUUUCCCUUUAUUUCUCUUCUGUCUUUCCUCUGUGGGAGACAAAGCAUCAGCCUGUACCUCUGAGGCAAUUAACUUGCCCAAGACUCUCCCAAUUUUAGCCCUGAAGGUCUCACAUCCAGGGAACCCUCUCAGUCCUGGGCAAACCAAGACUGUUGAUUUCCUGAAGGUACGUCACUGCUUCGAAAGAAACUCCUGGGGUGGGGAGUGUUUCCCAGCUCCCUUCUGGGGGCGGUCUCACAUGGCAAUCAUCCGUGCCAGGUAAGGAGCAGAUCACUUGACCUCUCUGUGCCUCAGUUGCCUCAUCUGUAAAAGGGGGAUAAUGAUAAUCUGCACCUGGAGAGGUUGCUAUAUGAAAUCAUGUAAAUCAACACAUGUAUUUUGAAAUAGUGCCUGUCUCAUAGUAAGGGUCCAGUAAAUCUUAGCCACGGUUAUUAUUCAGUCAGCAUCUGCCUGAGAUCUCAGGCCCUCAGAAUUGAUGGGAUGCCUUCUUAGAUUUCAUCUCAGUGUCCCCACAUUUAUUUAUUUAUUUUUUAAGUUCAUUUAUUUUUGAGAGAGAGAGGGAGGGAGAGAAUCCCAAGCAGACUGUGCACCAUUGCAGAGCUCAGUGCAGGGCUCAAACUCAUGAACCGUGAGACCAUGGCCUGAGCAGAAAUCCAGACUCGGAGGCUUAACUGACCGAGCCACCCAGGCGCCCCAGGGUCCCCAAGUUUAAAUGCACUUUGUGCACUGUAGCAAGGUCCUGCUGUGUCCACCUCCCCUCUCUCUGCUUCCCCCGUCCCAACUAUGGGGACAGCUGCAGCUGGUUAAAGUUGUUUGGAUUGGAGUGGGUUCUUCCCAGCUUCACCUGGGGCAGGGGAGGUGGGGCGUGAUGUGUAAGUGCAGGACCUCAGACUUGCUCACGCACACGAAUCGCCUGGGGAUCUUGUUAAGUCUUGUUCAGCGUGGGUGCUGAUGCAUCCGCCCGGAGAUCCCGCAUUUCUGACAAGCUCCGGGGUGAAGCUGCCGGCCCGGGGACCACGCUGUGAGAGCAAGGCCACACUGUGUGUCAGCCUAUGAACUGAUGUCCUUGGCCAUGACGCACCCCCAACCGCUGUCUGCUCAGGCACAGCCUGUGUGACUGAGCCAUUGCCACCCCAGCUGUUUCACAGUUUGAUGGGGCAUCGGGCGGAUGACAGCGGGAACAGUUGUGAUCACUGGCGGAAUCCUAGCUACGGUCAUUCUCCUCUGCAUCAUCGCCGUCCUGUGCUACUGUAGACUCCAGUAUUACUGCUGCAAGAAGAGCAGGGCCGAGGAUGCAGACGAGGAGGAGGAAGAGCACGACCUGCCCACACACCCCAGAGGCCCCACCUGCAAUGCUUGUAGCUCCCAAGCCCUGGACGGCCGAGGCAGCCUGGUGCCUCUCACCAGCGAGCCCUGUGGCCAGCCGUGUGGGGCGGCAGCCGGCCACUGCACCACCUGCUCCCCAUACAGCUCCCCCUUCUACAUACGGACGGCUGACAUGGUACCCAACGGGGGCGGAGGCGAGAGGCUCUCCUUUGCUCCUACGUACUACAAGGAAGGGGGACCCCCGACCCUCAAGCUGGCAGUACCCCAGAGUUACCCGGUGACGUGGCCAGGCUCUGGGCGUGAGGCCUUCACCAAUCCAAGGGCUAUUAGUACAGACGUGUAACCCCGUUCACCCCUGACCCCUCCGCGUACCGAUGCUGCUCUCCCAGCAGGAGCCAUGGGGGCAGCAGGUGAUCCCCUCCAACAGCCCACGAGGACUGUCUCAGUUUCUUUUUUUUGGCUUUUCUUGCCCCACGGUGGAAUCCAAGCUAUUGAGUGCAGUGAGGACCAGGGCAGGGCCCAGCCCCGGGGCUCAGAGGUGGGGGCUGGCAGGUGGAGCGGGUGGCUUUGCAGGCUUCCGUGCUGGGACGGUCCUCUGCCGGCUCUGGCCCCGUCAUAACCGCUCUCGCUCCCCUCGCUCCCCCAGCUUUGGUGGACGGCGGGAGGAGGCGCACCAGGAAAGCUAAGCAAAGGCCCCAGAGGCCUCCAGACUCCUUGGGGGAUGGAUGAGAAAGGGGCCCAGGGCCAGGGGAGACGUGAGAAUCUGAGGAGGGAGAAGGAGGUGCUCCGGGGACCUCCCCAGGACCCGCGAGCUACAAGGAAUCCAAGAAGUAGUUCGCGGUCUAGUUUCGUAUUUGGUCAUCACGAGGGCCACAGCCUGUGCAUCUGCUCCAAUAAUGGGCAUUGAUUCCAGAACACACAACAGCUGUACCGGCCCCCUUCCUCGUGGGACACGUUGAGUUGACUUUCAAGGUCACGGCAUAAGGUUGUUUGUAGGGGAUGCGCCGAAAGGGUCAUGUCUAGCCUUGUCUCCCUGCAGAUCCCCGUUCUCGGCCUUGGGAACCAGCUGCCCCUGCCGGAGAACCUUGUUCAAAGUUUUGCUGCUGAAUUUGAGCAGCUUAGCGAAGGAGGUCUACUUGCUGAUGGUCUCUGGGGCCCCGGCCCACCUCCCUGAGCGCAGCGUGCGGGAGCAGUGUUGUGAGGGUGUGUGUGUGUGUGUGUGUGUGUGUGUGUGUGUGUGUGUGUUCUCCACCAGUUGGUGGAGAACACACACACACACACCAGGGGCUUUGCCACCUUUGGGAGCUGCAGAGGGAAGGGUCUCUGAUGUUCCAGCUAGAAAGGAAGAACUGAUCCACAGACAGCAGGAGUGAAAGGUGGUUAAGGUGGCCGGUCCCCACGGCAACCAGCUGGCUGGUGUCGGGAGAGCCUGCAGAGUCUCCCAGGGGACAUUCCCUGGUAGCUGGAUUCCAUGGAUUCCGGGCUUGCUUCCCUCCUACCGCUGCUCCCCCCAACCCCACGCCAGUCUCCAGCGGGGGGGGGGGUGCUGUUAAUUGUCCAAGCCCCGCCCUCAGUCCCCACUUAGAACUAGGCUGUGGCCUUACGCCAUUUGAAGGAAAGCACCUGAUGGGUUUUCUGGUUUCCUCUACAGUAAGGGGUGGCUGCUCCCCGCUUCUAAGGGCAUGCCUACCCCCCUCCCCACCACUGUGGCAUCACAGAAUGCUGCAGAGGGUGGGGCAGGGGAAGAGCUGGCCCCUUUGCUGGAAUCCCAGUUUUGCAUUUGAGAAAGGGCCAGGUGCAGCUGGGAGAGAGAGGGGCAGGGAGAGAAUUCACCACACUUCUUGCUCCACUCUGUCUGGACACACUUGUCACCUUGCAUCUCCUCUGUAAUUAGUGCACACUGGCUGAAGAAUAAGAGGACCCGGGGGUCUGGCACACACACUCCGGUCCCUCAUUAGCUCUAGGGCCAGUCAUUUGUCGUCUCCGAGACCCCAUUUUCUCCAGGAAGAUGAGACCUGCCCAGAUAGACCUAAGAGCCCGCUAGUACUCCAAACAGCCAGGACUUCCGGAAGAGACCUGCCUGCUAUGCUGCUUUCCUUGGCCUCACCCUGGCAGGGGCUGGAUGUACUUACCGACGGCCUGAUCCAGUGUGCCAGGAUGUGUGUUGAGGGCUGAAGGACCACGGUGAAACACAGGUUUAGCAGGCAAAAUGAUUUUCAUGGUCAGGGAAAAGCAACCAUGUCUGAUCCUGCUGAGUGAUUUCAAAUAGUAGCAUUUCCUAACAUCGGGAGGCAGCUCUGGGUGGGGGUGAUGAGCUCUCUCUCCCAGACCAGAGGGACCAGCCUAGGGCAGCAACUUUAACCUGCUCCAUCCCCUGAGCAGUCCUCAUCGGGCCCAGGUGCACCCCCUUGGCGUGAGCUUCUGGGUCUAGCAGCCAUUGUGGCUUCCCGAUGACCAGCCCCAGUGCCUCCCCGCCUGGGAAUUUCACAGCCAAUCAGCCACAGCAAGGGCUGUCCCUCCUUUGUACCUCCUGCCUUUGGAGAAAUCAAGACAGCCCAGUCAACUAUCACCUGCUUCUUGCAUCGAUCUAUUGGGGUCCCUCAGUGAAAAGCAUCGUAGACAGUCCCCUCUCCUCCUAUAGCUUUCUUAGCCUAAAUCUUAUCAAUCUACACACCAAAAUCUGGGUUUUGGGCACUGGAGGGAUGAUGGGCCAUGGCCCUCCCCCACACAGCCCCACAGUGCACAGGACACAGUCUCCAGAUUGCCUGUCUGUCUCCCUGUAGCUGUGACGGUCUAACCUAUGGAAGAGGAAGCCCACCCAUUCAAUUGUGCUGCACUUUUUAGCUAUGGAGUCUGUGCUAUGGGACACUCUUUGGACACCUUUCAAAUUGUUCCCUAACAGGAAGAAAAGGAGAGGCUGGGAACACCCUGUCCUCUCCGCCAUCUUGUCUCCACCGCCAUUUCACUGCUCCUGCUGCACAUUUCCUGUCCUGCAUCUUUGAUAACUUGGAGUCACAACCAAGUGAAUGUCAAAAUAAAUGAGGACUUUGAAAUAGAAA